UGGGGCUGCUUAUUCUACGAUCGAACACCAUCCUGGUAACAGUGGAUCUACUUUGUGUGCCAACUAGCGACGAUCACAUUGUCUGACCACGGAAAGCAAACAAGUAGCAAGAAUCGCGUGCCUUGGGGUCGCAUGAAUGGGCGUUGUUAGUGGUCUAUGGGAAGUGCUGGUGUGAACAUAACAGUGCAGCAGUGAAGCCUAACAAAGCAGCACGCGUUGAUGCAAGUUGGAAGAAAUGAUAUCACAUGUGAGUUCGCUUUAAUAUGAAUUCAAACAUAGAUACGCGAACUAUGUUCUCUCUUGAGUUGCAGUUUGCUCUUCUUGCUAUUGGUGCCCUCGUAACUCGUGCUGAGCCUAUUCCGGAUCCUGAUCCUGCCCGGGUGUUGGGAAAAUAUGUGUUUGCAUAUCAACCAUCAGAAAACGAUUAUAAUGUGAGAAACAGACCACUAGAUUUUACACAUAUAGAUGACAAUGAUGAUUAUGACACAGAUGCAUCAUCAAGCAGUCACAGCUAUGGUCCUUCGUCUCCGGGCUCUUCGAGCCCUGGCUUCAUGACCUCAUAUACUUCUUCAAUAAAACAUGGGACACCUUUGGGUAAUUUUGAUAGUGAAAGUGAAGAAGAUCAUGAUGAGCGCGAAAAGUAUGUUAAAAGUAACUCGGGUUAUUAUAACAAGAAAUCGAUUAUCCCGAUCCUGCAAUCGUACAGCAUCAUUCACGCGAAGGAACCCCCGGCAACUAUUACGAGAAAUACACAUAAUAGUGAUGACGAGGAUGAGGACUACGGACAUCGAUACAGACCACCGAAGAUAAUUCACACCAGAGCGAAGGCAAUUCCCAUCAGUCAACACAUAGAAGUGGAAAAACCCGUGCCGAUUCCAUAUGUGAAGAAAAUCCAUGUGCCGGUUCCAAAGGGAGUCAAGGUGCACAUUCCGCACCCGGUAUUGGUGCCAGUGCCCCAACCAUAUCCUGUGCAUGUACCCGUGUCGCAACCAGUGGCGGUACCAGUAAUAAAGGAGAUCACCAUUCCAAUCGAAAAAAUAGUUCCCUACCCAGUGGAGAAAAGGGUCCCUGUACCCAUCGAGAAGCCGGUCCCAUAUCCCGUCGAGAAACACGUCCCUGUGCACAUUCCCCAGCCCUAUCCGGUAAAGGUUCCAGUGGUUAAAACCAUCGUCCAUAAGCACAAGCCACCACGAACGGUUGGGGUUGGUAGUGUCACUAUUUAAGAGAGCGUAACAUGCUCGUAUCAAAAUAUACUUUUGGAACAAGGUCCAAAACCGUGUAGCAAACAUGUUGAAUCGAUGUUAUUACAAGUAAUGCGUUUGUUCCGCAUUAUUUUAAAUUAUACCAAUAACCGUCAAGCAGCAUUGUAUUCUUAUUAACAUGUGUCGGGUCAUAAACUAAAAUUUGCCGUGAAAUUCGAGGAACUGGCGAGAGUAGGAGGACAUGUUGUUUGUUCAACCGUGAGGCCCUUGGUUGAAAAAACUCGGAAAACGAAACCUGUUCAGCAGUCAUAAAAUUAUUUGAGAGCAAAUUCCAGUGAGCACAGUUGAUGUGCAAGACACAAUGGGUUAAAAUUGCUACGCUCAAGCUGAAAAGAAAUGGGUCUCAACAUGACUGAAGCUAUUCACGUCUCUAGAAAACGAACAUAUAAUAUUCAAUUUUAUUUUAUUUUUCCAAUUGUAUUCGUCGACUUCAACCUUGAGAUCGUUUUUGGCAUUUUGUAGUUUAGUCGACUAGAGAAAGUCUAGCAAAGCCAACACUUUUAUACUACGACUAAGUUUUGUUGAUAUUUUAUUCCAUCUUAAUAGACUAGAGGGAGAUAAGUUAAUAUUUUAUUUUUUAUUUAAUUCCUGCAAGCAUCCAUUUAUAAAGCUUUUACUGUUUUGGUUUUUUUUUAGAAUAUGGAGUGUGGCUUUUGGAGCAUGGAUUCUGCUUAGGUUUAAAUCACACUUACUACCACUGUGCAGUGUAAUGCUCAUAUAUGUUAAGCAAGACCAUUAGCUUCAAGUCAGUACCCAAAGAAAAGCCGAUUUGAACCUUCAUGGUAUUCAAUGUAUGUCUAAUGUUAAGGGUAACACAUUGUUCAAACAUUAUGGAAACAUUGGAAGAGCUAAAAUGCAAUAGUCGUUGCAAUACUGCUAAAGUAUUCAGAAUUUUCUAUCUGGACCGCAGCAAGUGGUUUUUUGGUAAUGGCUUACCUGUAUUAAAAGCACGUUGAACGCUACCCCAGUCCAGCCUUGGUGUAACUUAUUAAUUUAUUGCUUUCCAAUUACGCUCGCUCGAGAAACAAUGAAGGUAACGAGGAGGCGCAGACAAUGAGGUGAAACAAACGCAACAUGCACGUGAGGCUGGUUUUCAGUGCCCUAUAUUGGAAGCAUUGGUCUUCCUUCCUCAUGCGGCGUCGACGCAACGACGAGGACGGUCUGUGGUAUGCGAAGAAAAAAAUAUGAACAACUUGUUUUCCUCUUUCGAAGGCGUACUGUUGACUGAUAUUUAUUAGUUAUUUUUUUCAAAGGGAAACAAUGAAGUUGUACAUGUUAGUAGAUGCCUUGUAAAUCUAUUGAAAACAGAGUUAGUGCUGUUUGUUUCAUACCUGUAGCUUAAUUUAAAUUGAUGUUGUUAGGUUUGUAUUGUUGUCAUUCAUUUUGAAUAAACGAUUUGUU